AUGCGCCUCCGGUCGGACAACGGCCCACAGUUCAAAGCGGGCCUUUUUCAAGCGGCACUGAAGCGCUGGAUUGUAGUAUGGGGCAACUCUACUCCUCAUUACCCCCAAAGCAAUGGGCACGCGGAAGCAGCUGUAAAAACCGUGAAAGAGUUAGUACUGAAGCUAGCUCCAUCGGGGGAUUUAUCGUUGGAAGAGUUCCUUGCUGGCCUGCUAGAAUUUCGAAACACUCCGCAUGCAACAGGAUUAUCACCGGCUCAAAUUGUAUUCGGCCUUCAGCUCCAAACCAUGGUGCGGCCCGCCCAUCGAUCUUCCCACUCCAAUCAAUGGAAAGAAGUUAUGGCCGCGCGGGAGCGUCAGGCGAAAGCAGAUGUGAACAAAAAAAUUCCGCUAGGACCUACGAUCACGUUCGCUGCCAUCAUUACCUGUUGGUGCACCAGUACGCGUCCAAGAUCUGAAAACGAAGUUAUGGAGCCACAGCGAAGUGAUCGUUGUGGUCGGAAAAUACCGGACCUAUCGGGUCAAAUUUGCCAGCGGCAGUGUGCUUUGGCGUAA